GGCUGAGGGUUUUUGGGAUCAUGACUAAUGGGUGGUACAGGCAGGGCAGGGAGGUUGAGGUCCUGACAGGUGAACCAGGUUCUUGGGGGCCACAGGUACUUACCUGACACCCAGCAGAGCAGAGCAGACAGGGUGAACAGAAGAAGGCCUUUCAUGGUGAGGGUCCCAAGAAUGGUAGUAGUCACAGCCGUUGUCAAGAGAUUUUCAGGGAUCCUGCUCUGGGAGUUGAACGGCCUUUUUGGAAUUUAUAAUCCCAAGGCCCCUCCCUUCUCUGCCUCUGCUGGCACCUCCCUUCCUAUUUACACUGUGCUGACCAGAGAAAAAGACUAAGGAUGGGGAGAGGCUGAGCAGACCUGGCUGGGGAAUGGGGAUGGGUGAGAGGGAAGGGGAAGGGGAAGUGCCACUGGUGGCCAACUCCAUUUUGGUUCUUGGUUUCAGGAUGCCCGGCUGAAAGCCCUGUCUAGUCCUCUGAAGGAGAGUCACCAAAAAGCCUCUAUGAUUUACAAUGACCAUAGUGGCAGCUUCUGCUAGGUCCUAGGAAACAAUGGAAUGUGGCCCAAGCUGGAUUGCCGAAUUUGGAUCCCUGGGGGGCACUGGCCAGGAUGCAGGCAGAAAUUAAAGAUGGAAGGGAUUGAAUUAAUCUUUACUCAACCCUCAUUUGGUCUUUCCCACCCCAGCCCAACCACAGGAUGAAGGGUUUGUGACAUCAUGGAGGGUUUCUGUGAUGUCCUGGGGAUAGGGGAACUGAGGCUGCCUACCUUCUAAAGAGUUGCUGCUUCAGGCCCCCUAAAGGUUUGAGGGACCUCACCCCUCCACAUGGGCUUGAUGUGAUCUUGAUGGCUCCAGUCCAGUGAAGGCUGCUGGAGUAACAGGUGUGGGACAUUUGCAUCUGCUCCUAAAGGCCUCCCCAGUCAAAACUUGUGGACUUGGGUGGGGUACUGCAGGCGGGGAAGGACAGCGUGGGCACAGAAAGGUGAGGUAGAAGCUAAAAUAAGAACAGAAGUAGUAAAAAUAAUGGUGAGCACUUAGUGUUCCUAUGUCCAUUAUUGCUUUAGUUGUUUUACAGGUAUUACUUUAGUUCUCACAAUGCUGUAUGAAAUAGGUGUGUUCAUCUUCAUUUACAGAUGAGCAAAGAGGCAGCAGUUAAGCUACUUGCCCACAUCCAACAGUUCAUAGAUGGCAAAGUCAACAUAUGAACUCAGGACAGUGGAGCUCCAGAAUUUGUCCCAGCUAUCACUCUGCUGGAGGAGUUAAGUAGGCAGGAGUGCUGUGUAAACAGCCUAUUACAAAUUUUAAGUGGGCACUGUUUUAGGGCUGUGAGUUUGCCUGUGAGGAUUCCUAAAGAGAUGGAAGAAUUGGUGGCCCCGCCCCUGCUCUUAUCAGAGCCCCCAGUCCCGAGAUACCUCAGUCCCUGUCCCCAGACUUCCCUCCGGUCUUCCCGCUGAUUCACUUGCUGCCUCUCCCCACCUCACCCCAGCCAUGGCCCUGGUUCUGCAGCUACUGCCUCUGCUGCUUUCGAGGGCCCACGGGGACCCGGGGGCAUCUCUGGAUGGACGCCCUGGAGACCGGGUGAAUCUUUCCUGCGUGGGGGUCUCACACCCCAUCCGCUGGGCUUGGGCGCCUAGUUUCCCAGCUUGCAAAGGUCUGUCCAAGGGACGUCGCCCGAUCCUGUGGGCAUCGUCCAGUGGGAUCCCCACUGUGCCUCCACUCCUGCCCUUCGCUGGCCGCCUACGCUCUCUGGACCCUGGUAUCCGGCGGCUGGAGCUGCUCUUGAGUGCGGGGGACUCGGGCACAUUUUUCUGCAGGGGACGCCACGAGGAUGAGAGUCGUACGGUGCUUCACGUGCUGGGCGAUAGGGCCGAUUGCAGAGCCCAGGGGCCUACGCACGGGUCGCUGUAUCCCCAAGUCCUGGUCCCGUUGCUGGGCGCUGGUCUGGUGCUAGGACUGGGAGCGUUGGGCGUGGUCUGGUGGUUGCGCAGGCGCUCGCCCCCGCCUCCGCUUCCACCACUCCCCACAUUUGCUCUGUCCCCCCCAUAUAGCUCCUUUGAUGAAAGCCGAGCCCCAGAGACCCAUGGAGGAGGAGGAGCCCAAGAUUCCAGGGGACCUGGACCAGGAGCCGAGCCUGCUCUACGCUGAUCUGGACCAUAGAGCCCUCAGGAGACCCCGUCGGCUGUCCACAGUAGUCCCUGCUGAUGCGUCCACUGUCUAUGCAGUUGUAGUUUGAAGGGAAGCCCUCACUCCAAACUCUGUAGUUGGGGGCUUCCACCCCUCCAUAAUUCCCACCCUCUUGAUCUCUCACCUAGAGGAAGGCAUCAUGGGAUGGAAAUGAGCAUGUCUAGGAGUCUGAAGGCCUGGGUUCUGGGCUAUAUCUGCUGCUGAUCUUGCUCCUUCAGUUAUUCUCAUCUUUCCUAUAGCUUCCAUGUCUCCUUCGCCCCUGAUGUCCUCUCUAAACCUGAAUCAAACCCUGUCUCGAUAUCUUAGUUAACUUCCCAAUAAUUGUCCUAUCUCUUCCCUUCAGAAUCAAGCCUUUGAACCAGGAGCAUACAUCUGCUUUUUUUCACUUUCUUUUUUCUUCUAUCUCCACUACUUAUCUGCUGAAAUUACUUAUCUACUCUCCACAAGUUUGCCAGUGAUGUUCUGAUGUCCUAGGCUACGUUUUUUAGCACUCAUUUGGCAUGGCCUUUGAUCACCCCCUUCAUUAAGUUAUUUUACUUUGCUGCUCUUAUCUUCCUCUAGAUUCUUUUUCUUUGCUUUCUAUCCCCAUGGUAUUCUCUACCAUUCUAGGUUUGUCCCUUUCUUCCCCUUACCCCUCUUCUGGAAAUCUCCUAUCUGCAGGUAAUUCUCAGCCUGCACCUCUAGAAAGACACUUAGAACUCUCUGCAUCCCAGAUCUAGGACAUCCUGCCUGGCUGACCCCAGGCAUUUUGCACAGUGUAUCAAGCACAAUUUAUUGUUUACAUUCUCUCUUGAUCAACCCAGUUGACCAAGCCAGAAACCUGGAGUCAUAUGACCUCAUUUCUCAUUUCCACACAAUGAGCCAUGAAGUCUUGUCUAUCUUAAGGUCACUGUCAAAUCUUUUUUCCAUGUCUAGUGCUGUCACCAGAAUGUAAUCUCCUCAUUUCCUUCCUGGGUUAUCCAUAACUCAUACUUCUGCUUUGCCCUCCUCUGAAGCCGGAGAUCCUCUUCAAGUACUAACUUGCUCCUGACAUCCCUUAUUUUUAAACUGUGGUAUUUUUCUCCUUAAGCUUCAGCUCUGGGUCAUGGACCUUGGCUUUUUAAAAAAAUAUUUUUUGUAGUUGUAGAUGGACAGCAUGCCUUUAUUUUAUUUGUUUAUUUUUUAAUGUAAUGCUAAAGAUUGAACCCAGAGCCUCACAGUGCUAGGCAAUCACUCUGCCACUGAGCUACAGCCUCAGCCCUGGACCUUGGCUUUUGAUACAAGGUGAUAUAGCACUCUCUGGCUUAUCUGUCAUUCCAUGUGCACGCAACAUGCCAGCCUUAGAAAAAAAUCUCCCCAGCCAUCCAAAAUGCCUCUGUCCAGAGUAAUUCCUUCUUUCUGGAUUACCCUUUUUUUCUCCUCUCCACUACCUGCCUGGCUAAUUCUUAUUUAUCCUCAGGACUCAGUUUGUGUUGCCUUUUCUGAGAAGUUGGUCCUGAACCUCCUUGCCCUUUGCAGCACACACUUUGAUACCUUACAGAGUCCCUUAUUUUUCUCAUAGAAAGAAACAGCUUCCUGUGAAUUAUUACAUUACUAUCUAUAUUUCAAUUUGUAAGAAAUGUUCAUGUACUAUAAGUUCCCUGACAUCUGGAGACUGACCCUUUUGAUAUCACUGCUAAGCUUCAGUAAAUGAGUGAAUGAAAAUGA